AUGGGGAAGUCUAGGAAUGCCAAUAGGCCACUGACACAAGAAGAGAUCUGGGAUGAUUCUGCGCUGGUCCAGAGUUGGGACGAAGCUGUCGAGGAAUACAAACUCUAUCACAGCAUCCAGGCAAGAGGAGAGAAUGUAGAUGAUGUACUGAGAGAGGCAGAGGCUGAAGCGGGCUUUCAAGGUGUUUCACCGGCGCAGCAACCGGAUGAAGCGGUUGAUCGCAUGGAUCAUGACGCCGAACCGCCGUCUGUAGUGGCUGCAACUCCUGCUGAAGCAAAAGUCACUGUUGAUUCUCAACAAGCCCCUACCCUUCAGACAUCGAAGACAACAGGGCAGUCAUCCGCGGCUGGGGAUCCAACAAUUGCGCCCACUGGCCAAGGCUUCACUCCUGUAGGAGCCGUGCCUCCGCCCCAUGCCGCUCUAGCACAAGUGCAAGAUGAAGGGUUGAAGAACCUCAUGAUGGCCUGGUAUUAUGCUGGAUACUAUACCGGGCUCUAUGAAGGACAGCAGCGAGCAAAUCAAAACCAAGGUCCUUGA